GGUUCUCCUCAGAACCACCGAUCCUUAUCUUUGAAUCUCCGAUUCAAAGUGGCGGAUCUUCCUCACUUAUCUUGAAAUCUCCUCCAAGUGGUGUGAUUUCCUUCCGUUCCGCAAAAACCCCCAAUCGACGUCCUCCAUUUUCCCCCUUUUCGUUUUAGGGUUCAUACCCAUUUUUGUUCUAGAUGAAUUCCUCCCCAAAUCCGAGACGAUCCUUCAUCAUCUGGUAAUCAGAGCUCGGUUGUUUCUCUUUCAAAUUCGUUUCGGAUUGUCGUUCUCAACUUUUUGGCAUUUUUGGUUCUGUCGUGUUGGUCUCGUUCGUUGAGUUGGUUUUCUUGUGGUUCAUUUUGUGUGCUCGUCUUCUUUUCCGUUCAAGUUGUGGUGGUUGUUUUCGUUCUCCAAUUUGUUUCGUGUUUGGGUGUUGUCGUAGUAUUCUCUUCAUCAUCUAUUUUGGCCUGUUGCAUACCACGUGAUGUCAAUUUGACUCAAUGAGGAGCAAGUUAACAAAAUGACAGCAACUUGUAAUCUAUUUCGUUUUUCUCCAAUUAAUUAGCUCAACGGGAACGUGUCUUUAAAUCGGUGCAGUACAUUGCAACAACUUUAAUCGGUGAACUACAGAUCUUUGGUGGAGAAAUUGAAAUUGGAGGUGUUGGCCAGAUCCGUGGCGAUUGGAGACCAAUUGGGUCAAUUGAAUUGGUGAAAUUUGGUUGCAGCCCAUGUGUUUGUGAAAAUGAUUCAGUGAAGAAUUUGGUGUCGUUUGAAAUGUUAUGUUAAGUUGAAGCCCGUGUUAUGUUGUGUUAUGUCAUGGGUGGAAAAUUGUUGCUGGAAUUUUUGAAUAACAUGGCAGUGUAGUUAUUGACCCUAUUUUGACGCAGUAGAGGUCUUGGUGCAGUGGAGUUCUGUUCGAAUAUGCCACAUAAGUUGUUUGAAUUUGUUACUUGAAGCAAUGACAACACAAGUUGCUUGUUGAAUUUCCAAGCUUGGAUGUUAAAAGCAAGUUCUAAAUAGAUAGCAACAAAGAAUCUGACUCAAGCGGUGGAAAUCAAAACUAAUCAAUAUUUAGGUGUGGAUUCAGUUUGAGUUGGUGAAAGUGGAGUAGGUAGUUGGGGUACCCUGCUGUAGAUGUCCCAACCUCAUUUAAAUACAUUGACUGAGUGUUUAUUCUGAGUUAGACGCAUCAUAGAAUGUCCUGCUACUGAGUUUUCAAGUGCUCUUGGCAAUAAACUAGUGCAAAGCUAGUGCAUAAUUUUAAUUGGUAGCAACUAAUUGUUAUUCUGAAUCCUUGGAGCAGUGGCUGUGUCAUCCAUGCGGUGCUGACCACAAGACCAAUUUUGAAGUGGAAAAACUGGCGGUGCAAAUUGGGAAGAGGAAUUCCUUCCGGUGCAGAAUUUAUUCUGAUGUAGGAAGCUUUUAGCAGCCUUUUUCUUUGGGGCAAAACCUUCUCGCUUAAGCGGUGUUCCAAGCGUGCAAUUGUGGUUGGCUUCUUGCUACAUUUAGUGUAGAAUUGGUAAUGGUGUUGCAGCAGUCUGAUACAUUCUGUGGUAGCCUUUCUAGGUAGUUUGGUGCAACGUUGAUCAAAUUUUCUAGUGCACUAGCUUGCUGUCUUUAUAGGUUUCUUGGUGCAGGAAAUUGUGCAGCAACCAAAGCCCUCUUGUAGUGAUUUAGAGGUGCCAAGCGGUGCAGGAAAAAGGGACACCCAUUUCCUUUGGACAACAAGUGUUCUGGUCCAAGCAGUGGACUAGUCUUGCCACUUUAUUUUAGUGAUUUUAGUGCAGUGAAAGCUUGACCAACAAACCAGUUUUGUUUCCCGCGUGACAAUAGCAUCCAGUUUUGUGAAAGUGUUGUGCAACAAAUAUGUUGCAGCAGCAUGUCGUAGUGUUUUAGAUCCUGAAUGGUGCAAUGCAGCAGCUCGUGGUUUAAGCUUCGUUCGGUGCACACAAUCUGAAAUGGUGAAACUUGCGGUGAUGUGAUUUGAAGUGGUGGAUGCAGAACACAAUUUGUUUUGGCAUGUUACAAUGCAUAUUCUGGUGCAGUGAGCAUUUGGAUUGUUGGAUCUGUUUUAAUUUGUUUGACAGUAGCUCUUCUAGGAAUUCGGUGGACAUCUUUAAGGCUUAUUCAGUGCCAGCCACAUAUGCCUUUGAUCUAUUUGGUGCAAUUAAAUUUGUUAGUGAAUUGACAGCAGCUAGCUUAGCCCACUCCUAAUUCCACAAUAGAGAAAAAUUUUAACCACAACAGUAUCAACCAUUGCUAGUCUCGUGGUGCAAGCGGUGCAAUUUGGCAAUGGUGCAGCAGAUUUCUCUUGGCCCACUCGGUGCAGAAUUUGAAAGCUUCCUCACUCGGUGCCUUUAGUGCCUAUGGUGUAGAAAGGGUGAGCUAGGUUGACAAAUAAAGCACUUCACCUGGUUGUAUUCUUUAGAACUUGCAGUGGCAGCCCCACAUUUCCACACUGCAGUCACAAUCUUUUUGUGGCAGCAAAUCAAUUUGUGGUCUGUUACGGUGCAGCAGCAGCAUGGCAGUCCUUUCCAAUUGAGGCAACGUUUCCCAUUAUUGAUAGCCUCUCAUUUAUCCUCACAGCAGCAGAAUUUUGUUUGAUAUGGUGCAGAGUUGAAAGUUGGCUCGCAACUUGCUUAGGCCAUUUGGUGCAGAAAUUUUUUGAAAAAAGAAAAACGUGUUGGUGUAGGACUUUAUGACUAAAGCCAUGAUUUUGGUGCAGCACUCUUCAAUUAGCUAGUGCCUUUGUGUUUCAAUAUACAUUCAAUGAAUGUGGAUUAAUGCAAUUUGGCAAGGAACACAUUUGGGCAGAAGCGGACUUAGUCCGUCUUGUUGAUUUGGGUAAUGCUUCCAGAAAAGAAAACUCCACGCGGUGCAGUAGUAGGAUCCAUUCAUUGGCCACCUUUAUAAGCAAUUUGGUGUAGGGGAAUUUUUUUUUUUUGGCAAGGGACAACAACUGUCAUUGAGACUUGAUGCUUCAUGCGUUGCAGCAGCAGUGCCAAUCCUUCCAAAGCUUGGUACACGUAACAACUACAACUUUCGGAAUUAGGAAUUCUGAGCACUCCAGAAUGUUCCAUACACGUUCGACCUUGAUAGAAGAUAUCAACUUCAUCGUGUCAAGAAUUGUCAGGUUGAAUAGCAAACUUGGGAAUCUUAGAAGGGAGCACCAUGAAGAUAGAGGAUCAUUGCCAAGCGACAAAACAAGUGUUAUUAGGUGCACCAAGUGUGAAGGAUAUGGACAUGAAAAUUAUCAAUGUCCUAAUUGGAACGGAAAGUACAUGACUCUUCAGGAACUCCAGGAUUACAUUGUAUACUUGAAAGAGGUGAAGAGGAGUGUUGGGCAAAAGCUCGAAGUUAGACAAGAGCAACAAGCAAAAAGGGAUCAUGAAAAGGCGGAAAGAACACUAAAGGAAAUAUGGGAAAAAGCAAGACAAGAGAGAGAGCUAAAAGAGAGAAAGGAGGAAGAGUUAAGAGAGUUUAUCUUUGAUCCUGGAGGACAAUCUCCAAGCACCUUGAUAAUAAGAGAUUGA